AUGUGCACUACAGCUUGCAAAGAAGUUCAGCCACUGAUACAGCAGCAACAAUGUUCGCCAAUUAUCCAGCCGUCAUAUGCAUCCAUCAUUGAUGCAGAAAAAGAGCACAACAACUCCUCAAGGACAACAACAUCAACGUUGCUAUCGGAUUGGAAAAAGUACAUCUCAAGCGAAAUACAAAUUCUUGCACGGAUGUCGACCCCGCUUAUGCUUACUUAUACAUUGCAAAAUUCAUUUGAAGCAUGUGUGGUAUUGUUGGUGGGUCGGCUUGGUGCCAAUGAAUUAGCGGCUUCAGCUUUGGGAAUCAUGAUAGCUUCUGUGACAGGAUGGCUAAUAGCCAUUGGUGGCACCACUGUGCUUGAUACCUUAGGUUCGCAAAUAUGGAAUGCAGCACAACAACAAUUAGAUGGGGAUACCAACAAAGAGCAUCAAUUGGACAGGCUACUCCAACAAUCAAUAAUCGUAUUGACGUUCAUGUUUAUUCCUAUUGCUAUACUAUGGUGCAUUGCUGAGCCUGUGCUUUUAUCCCUUGGACAACAUCCAUUGGUGAGCCGGAUGACUCAAGAAUUUCUCAGAUGGUUGAUACCGGGUGCUCCUGCUUAUAUAGCAUUUGAAGCAAUCAAAAAGUACUUUCAAGUCACCAAAGGGAAUAGUCAUAUGAGCACCCUGAUCUUGUGUAUAUGUCUACCAUGCCAUUUGCUGGUAGCAUACGCCUUGGUAUGGCAUUUUGGAUUUGGAGUUGCUGGUGCAGCGGCAGCAUUAUCAAUCACGCACUGGUUAAUGCUGAUCGGGAUGCUGAUAUAUGCUGGUGGACACAAGACACGGCAAUGGAUAACGAUACGGCAAGGCAACAACGAUGGUGAUGAUGAUGGCAAUAUAGCUGUAUGGAAGAUUGUGUCACGUGUGGUACCAGUGAUUAUGAUGCUUGGUGCCGAGUAUGUGGCAUUUGACACGAUGUCGCUUCUUGCUGGCAUGAUGGGUGAUAAGAAUCUUGCAGCCCAGAGCAUUCUUACCAUUGCCGAUGAUGUCUUAUCUACCAUUCCUCUGAGUCUGUCAAUUGCAACUUCAUCACGUGUAGCUCAUUGGGUUGCUCAAGGACUACCUGCACAUGCAUAUUAUGCAUCUCUAGCCAGCGUGAUCCUUGCCAUUGGAACAGGUUUAAUAUUGAUGGCGAUGAUGUUGCUAUUCCGAGGAUCGUUUGGGUAUCUUUUCUCGUCCGAUGUGUCGGUGGUCAUGCUAGUGCAAGGCAUCCUUCCAUGGGCUGCAUGUAUUCAUUUCAUUGAUACUGUGGCAGGUGCAUGUAAUGGGUCAAUAAGAGCUAUUUCCCAUGGGUCUUAUCAGCAAGUGGUUUUCAUUGUACAUGUCGUAUGCUAUUGCAUUAUUGGACUUCCAGUGGGUGCUGCAUUAGCAUUUGUACAAGAUUUCGGUUUAGUGGGAUUGUGGAUGGGUCUCUUCCUUGCAUUAUCCCUUGUCUCAAGCAUCCAAGCUGCCAUGCUGCUCAAAGUUGACUGGAAACAUCAGACACACACAUGUAUAUAA